CAUGCGACUCCUAAUCACAUGCAUUUUGUCCAUCCUUGGUCUGGACUACAGUGCCUCCCUGUGGAUUAAAAGGUACUCGGAGAACUACCACCGACCCACUUACUACAAUCGAGCCCACAGAACCAAAGACCAUGUAAAUUACAAUCGCGAAGCCCUUGAGGAACGGGACAAACCGAAGCCGGAGGAGGUCCAAAAGCGACUUCCCUUCGAUGCGACGCGGGACUUGACAUACUACGUGAACGUGCUGAACGAGGGAUCUGUCAUCUGUGCGGGGGCUCUGAUCUCCCGCAGGAUGGUCGUGACCUCGACGCACUGCUUCCAGCCGCGGAGAUUCGAUCUGAUAUACGAGUACACGGCCAAACAUCUGUCCAUAUUGACUGGCAUAGAAUUGGACGACAAUCCCGAACCACAUCAGGUGAUCGGAUUUUUCAUGCCGGUUAAUAAGAAGGAACGCUUUACCAACCACGUGGCUCUGCUCGCCCUCUCUAACAAGCUCGACAGAGACAAAUACCGAUAUAUUCCCUUGCAUCGUAAGAGGCCACAGGCGGGGGAUGACGUAAAGAUGGCCUACUUUGGUCCACCCAAGUUCCAGAUCAGACUGUACAACACGCGGGUUAUGGACAUAGAUCGCUGCAAGAUCUACUACGGCCUAAAGGAGGUAUUCCAUGUUUCCACCUUUGAGCCGGAAUUCAUCUGCGUGCGAAACAAGCGGCACUCGAAGAAGACCACAUGCAGCACUCGACCUGGGGAUCCCUUACUGAUUGACAACAAACUGGCGGCCAUCAAUAUAUAUGGAGAGCACUGCGACGAGGACGACGACUCCACCAACAUGGACAUAUACCUACCCAUUAGGCCGGUCAUACCCUUCAUCCAGACGGCCACGGAUGCCCUGAGGGCCUUCACCGGAUCGGGUCCAUACAAUGAAUCGAAUCCAAUUACAUUGUCACCCCUGCUUGAGACCAUAGUGAAGAAGUCGCCCAAUGUUUAUGUUGGUGGUCCCCCAGAGGAAUUAGCAUUCGAUGAUCCUCUUAAUGGAGGACCAGAUCGAGAAGUCAAGAAUUCGAUUGAGAAUCAUGUUGAAAGCGUUCUCGAUUAUUAUUAGUUUUAUUCACAUUUUAAUCAGUGUAAAAAAUAUUAUUUUAUGGUUGCAAUUAGUGUAAAUGUCAAAUUAUAAGGCGUCACAAAUUGA